CGCGCACGCUUCUUCAACUUCGGUACAUAUUUGCCAGCCACCCAACAGCCAUACGCCGGAAUCUUCGGUACAGCAACAGCAGCAGCAGCCAAGUGGGCAAGAGGUAGCGAGCAAAGCAGCACAGAGUAAACGAACGACCGAACGAGCCAGCAAGCAACAAGCAACGAAGCAGUGGUCGGUGGCGGCAGUAGCAACAUUAACAGCAACAAUAGCAGCAGCAGCAGCAGUGCAGCGCAACAAGCGUCUUUGACUUAAAAUUGUUACCAAUUGUGAAUGUGAAUUUCAGUUAAACGCCGAACUUUUACCAGUCCAGUUGACUUUGUCUGGCAGUGGGCGCCCAUAUAGCCAAGCCAAAGCAAUAACAGUUACAAAGUAGUUAGUAAUAGUCUCGAACUGAGCAGUACCGACCAGCGAGUGAACGUGAACGCGCAUAGCUGCGUAUCCAAAGCAAACGUGAGCGUGCGUACUAAGCGUUUUUUCGUCUUCGAUUUUUUUUAUUUAUUUUGUUUUUGUGUUUUUAAUAAUUGCCAUUUGUGAGCAGCUAAAAGCUUGACGAGCCAACGACAUUUGCCUGCAGCAAACGAACUGAGGACGUAUGUUGAAUUUCAAUAUAUGUACGCAGCUUCUAAAAAAGCUAUAAAAAAAUUAGAAAAAAAAACAGAAACUGAAGUUAAAAAAAAUUCGCAAAUUUCUUAAAACAAUCGCAGUGAAGCUGAAAAUUUAAAGCCAACACUUUUUCAAAACAUUGUGUGCGUAUUUUUGCUACAAAAAAGUGCUUGCCAAUUAAAAACGGGAUUUCAACAAAAAUAAAUACCCAUAAAAAAACAUAUCCUGACAGGAAAUAAUUGCAAACUAAAAUCCAAUUUAAAUUGCUCGUCAUAUCAUUUGCUGUUCGUUUCUCGUUCUAUUUCUUUUUGUUGUUAUUGUAUGUGCUUUAGUGCAAUAUGAGAUUGAUGUUCACCUUGUUGUUGGGCGCAUGCUGCCUGCUGGCAGGAAUCGCUGCCCAAGGAUUUAAUCCCAAUCGUGCUGUAAAUGAAGUGCCCAUUCCCUUCCAUAAUCAAUUUCGCCGUCAGCUCUCCGCCCAGCAGCAUAUUCUGACAGACAUACAACAUCAUGCACAACCGCGACAGUCGCAACAACAACAAUAUUUCCUGCCGCAAAACGCCAAUGUGGAAGUGCCAAUACAAACACAACAACAACGUAAUCGACAUGUGCAACCCACUGUGAAUACUCGCUUCCCGCCCAGCGGCAACGGACGUGGCAAUUAUGGCAGUCAGCUAAAUGCUAACGGCAACAACAACAACAAUAACGAACAGUAUCAAGCGAAUUCACUUUUCCAGCGCUCCACACAAAAUCAGUUGUAUACACCACAACAACCUUUGCGAUUCCAGCAGCCGCAACAACAACAACAACAACAGCCACAACAGCAACAAAAUGUUGAUCAGCACACACAGAAUUUCUUGACAUUGCGUAACUUUGGCAACCAACAGGUGGGCCCACAACAAAGUUUGCCACAACGCUCGUACAACAACAAGCCAUUCCAAUCGCAAGCGUCAACGCAAUCUCAGCAAUCGCUUCAACAGCCAAUCUACUCGACUCUACCCAACAGCGUUUACCAACAGCAACCGCAACAAUCUUCAUCAAAUUUCGGCUUGCCACAGACACAACAGAAGCUGUCAAGCUCACUCCCAGUGCCGACUUUUCCGACACAGACCGUUGCACAGGCACCACUCAAGGCCGCUUUCUCCACCUCGCCACAAAUAAUCUUCCAGCAACAACAUCAACUACCGCUACCGCUGCCACAGCAGCAGCAACAGCACACGAAUUACCAGCAAGUACCGUUGCAACAGCAGCCAGUCGGCGCUUUUCAGCUGACACCUAACUUGGGUUUGCCAGUGCCCCAGAUCUUCCCUAACUUGCAGUCGACCGCUUUUCCAGCUCCACCACCACUACAGCAGCAACAGCAACAACAACAAUAUAUUAAUCCACAAUUUUCGACAUUGGCAACACCACAAGCGCAGUCCGCUGACCAAGAAUACAAGCAGAAGCUCAUCCAGAAACACGAGCAAUUCGUACAGAAGCAGUAUGAGAAAUCGCAGAAUAAGGUACGUCAGCAACAUGAGGAAUUCCUCGUCAAACAGCAGGCGCUGAAGCAGCAACUGGCUCCCACUUUGCAGCAACGUCCACAACAGUUACCACUGCAGCAGCAACAAGAGUAUCAGAACUACCAGCCACCGCGCAGUCGUCCGUUGGCACCUUCCGAGUUGCAUCUCUUCGCAUCCGCAUUGCAGAAGUACCAUGAGGAACAUCCGACUACUACUACAACAACCACUACUACCACCACCACAACCGCAGAGCCACCUGCAGUGCCCAUCAGCAAACAGAACAGUAAGAAUGCGUACGCCCAAGUAAAAGCUGAGCUUGGCAAGUAUGGCAUGAAAACCACGCCAGGCAAAAAGCCAGUCAAGACUAUCGCACGUGAUGAACUGUUGAAACAAUUGAAGGCCGCAUUGGCUGAGGCGCCAGCGAAGGAAGAGGAUAACAAAACAUUCUCCGAGAUGGAUUUGGUGCUGCCGAAUGGCCAACGCGUACAGGUUAUACGCACGAGCGAUCCUGACUUGGUUAAGGGUCAACAAGUGCUCUCUCAGGAUCAGCUCCAAACUUUAUUGGCGCAACAAGCUGUGGCGGCGAGUAAAGUGGGUGUAGAUAGUGCGAUGUUAGGCGGCAAUUUUGAUUUGACUGAUCUGACGCCCCAAGGAGCUAAAGAUCUGGUCUUGCCAAACGGCUCAAAAGUGCAAAUUUCGCGUUCACCGGAUCCACAAGUAGCAAUUGAUCCACAAUCCCUGCCUGGUGGUGUCGAUCUCUCUAACUUGGCUUCGCUUUAUGGCGGUAAUAUUGAAGGCAUAUCAAGCGGUGCUAACAGCAUUGCCAGCUCCGCAGUAAUACAGUCAGAUUCCGAUGAACCACCAACGCUAGAGGAGUUGGCCAAGCGUGGACUCAUUCCAGAUGGCUAUGAAAUCGAAGGCUUGAGCUCAAAUAAACCAGCACCUGCACCCAAGCCAGCACCCCAAUUGCCGGCACCGAAGAAGAAAGCCACAUACGUAUACCUUGAGGAGCAGGCGGAUGGUAGUUUCAAGAUACAAGGAGUUAAGGCUAACGGUGAGAAGGAAACUAAGCAAACGGGUGCCGAGGUGGAAAGCAUAUUGGAGCGCAUACGCAGCGGCGAAAUCAAAUUGCCGCCCUCAGUUUCGCGCCUGACAUUGCCCAAUAACGAAGAGGUCGAGAUAGAGGGUGGAAAUAUUAUUAAAACCACUCCAGCGGCGCGCACUACACCCAGACCCACAACCACUUCGACCACAACCAGCACUACUACAACGACAACAACCACAACCGAGUUUCCCUUCGCGCGCACUUCACCCAUACGUCAUCAGUACCAUCAUACCACACGCCCAGCAACAACACAUGUCACUUAUGCACCCCCUACUACUUAUGCGCCUCUAAUACACCGCUCGAGCCCAGCCCACGCCACGGAGCCCACUGUCGCAACUUACUAUACCACACCAGCACCCAUUUACACGGCCUCCCCUGCACCAGUGACUUAUGAAACCUCUACACCGUUCGCGGUCACUGAACGCUUGGUCGAGACAGUGCCCGAGUCAGGUCACUACACCGAUGCGUUAGUACAGGAAACAGAAAACACCGAGAAGGCUGCCGAGGUGACCUCUUCGAACCCCAGUGAAGACCUUAUACAGAUACUCAAAUCGAACGGACUCUUCGCGAUGGCUAAGUAUUUGCGUCAGUCGGGCUUGGAUAGCAUUUUGAAUGAAACUGGACCGUACACGAUCUUCAUACCGACGGAUAAGGCAUUCAAAAAUCUAUUGGUGCAACUUGGCGGUCCCGAGCGCGCAGAGGAGAAAUUUAAGGCUAAUCCUAGAUUGUUGAGUGGCCUUUUGCUGCAUCACGUGAUACCAGGCGCUUUCGAGAUCGCAACACUGCAGGACGAGAUGACGGGAGUUUCCUUGGCCGGCACACAGUUGCGGGUGAAUCAAUAUACCAUGCAUGAUCAGGAGUGGAACGAUGUGACUAUAACUACCAUAAACGGCGCCAUGGUGCUGCUGAACAAGAAGGACAUAAAGAUACCACAAGGUGUAGCACACGCAGUCGAUCGUGUCAUGUUCCCACUGCCAGUUGGUGAUCUCUUGCAAACACUACAAUCGGAUCGAGAGAAUCGUUUUGCAAACUUCUUGAAAAUUCUAUACACCUCUGGACUGUCGGAGAAGCUGCAGAGUAAAGGCAUUAAAACCUACACCGUUUUUGCGCCAGUGGACAAGAGUUUCCACGACAUGGAAUCGGAUACUUUAGAGAAACUUUUCAAUGACAAAGAUGCCGCCGAGGAGUUCGCCAUGAAACACAUUGUGCCCGGUUCGCUCUUCUCAGCUGGCAUGCGUUUCUAUCAAGUGAAGGACUCAUUGUUGACUGGCAAAACCGUUAUACUGCAAAAGACGUCGGCGGGUAAAAUCAAGGUGAACGACGCACAAAUGAUUACCUCGAAUAUACCAGCCACAAAUGGUGUCAUUCAUGCGUUGGAUGGUGUGUUGGCGUGAGCUUAAAGCACGGGGAAAGCUGCAUAACAGAGCAACAUUUUUAAGUUAGCAAUAAACGAAUGAUUCGAUAGGUUAUAGUUUAAGAAACGAACAGAAAGUAAACACUUUUCGAAAUAACUGGAGUUAUUUGCGGGUAAAUUGGUUAAGCAAAAAGUGAAAAAAUUUGUUUAAGAAAAAAUUAAAUAUAGCUGUAUUUAAAUCUUGCCAGGUGCGCUUUGACAGCUUUUGACGCCUGCUCGCUGAAAGCUGUGAAGUUAGUUAAUAUUACAGUGGAAUAUUUUGGUUAUUUAAUUAGUGAAAUUUUUUUAAAAAUAAUUCUUUCUAAUAUGAAAAGAAAAUUUCAAGAGAACAACAGAAUCCGCUGGUGCUUCCAAACACACAAGCAAUUGCUACCAAAUACAUACAUACGAUUGCUUGUUGCUGCUAUUCCCAAAAGUUUUGUGAACAACGAAAUCUUACAGCUCUAGAGUCAUAAUUUGUAUAUAACUGAGUUGUCAGGAAAAAAAAGAAUUGAAUUAUAAAUCAAAGUCUAGCGUACUUACACCUGUCGUGGCAGGUGGGCGGGAGUGUAAAUUCUGGUUACAGGAAGUUGAAAG